AGGGUUUGGCUAAAUUAGAUUCAAUAUCUUCCUAAUCUCAAUAAUAUAUCCUGUAAAUUUGUCUGCUUUUGUAUUCGUAAUCUUUAACAAUUAAGUGGAAAUGGAUUCGAAUUCAUGGAUCAAUUGUCCUCCCGUGUUUUCAUCAUCGUCUUCUUCACGCCGUUACCAAUCUCGAUCAGAUUUGUAUUUGGGAGAUGUUGAAGGAGAGGACGAUUUGAAAGCAGAGUUUAUGUGUCCGUUUUGUGCAGAUGAGUUUGAUAUUGUUGGUCUUUGUUGUCAUAUUGAUGUGAACCAUCCUGUGGAGGCUAAGAAUGGGGUUUGUCCUGUCUGCACAAAGAGGGUGGGAUUGGACAUUGUUGGGCAUAUAACAACGCAACACGGGAGCCGAAGGAGAAGGUUGCGUAAAGGUGGAUAUAGCUCUGCCUAUCUUACACUUAAAAAGGAGCUUCGAGAAGCUAACUUACAGUCUUUUGGAGGAUCUUCCACUUUCAUUCCCUCUUCCAAUAUAGAUUCUGAUCCUCUACUCUCAUCUUUUAUGUUUAAACCUCCUGCGGCUAUACCCAUCGCUGAAGGAGACUCGUUAGCAAAUGUUUCACCUAAGGACACCCCUAAAAGGAACGUACGACAAGUAUCACUUUCCAUCGAAGAUCAAGAGAAGGCAAAAAAGAGCGAAUUUGUGCGGGGCAUGCUUUGGUCUACCAUGCUUGAAGACAAGUUCUAAUCUCUCUAGAUAUCUUAUAUUGUAAUGAUGUAUCAAGAAAUCAUACAUUAGUCUCAAUGUAUGUAGCAGAGCCUUGUAGCAAGCAUAAUGGCAUGCUGAGUAUGUUGUAAUCGGAUGUUCUUGGGGUAUCUUUUAUGUGCAUAAUCAGAAUUCAGAAGAUAUAUAAGUACUAUUUCACUCUGCUCAGGACUUAUAAAUUAGCCAAAGCUUA